AUGGAUCAAACCAGAAAUUUCGAAGUAAGGCGCCCAGCGGAGCAGGCAGGAAUAGCCAGUGCAUUAUCAAGAAAACAACAGUCUAUAGAACUUAUUCGUCGGAGGGUUGCUUCUUCUCAAUUAACCAGUGACAUAGUUGUUCCGAUCAAUGAACGUGAUGAUUUAAAUGAUCAUGAAAACGUUGAGUCGCUAACACCAUGCCUGGAGUCUAAUGGAUACUUCCCUGAUCGCGAACAGUGUGACAAAUACUAUGACUGCAGAGAUGGUCAAUUCACGGAAAAAUUGUGUCCCGAUGGAUUAGUUUUCAAUGAUUUUAGUCCACAACAUGAAAAAUGUGAUCUUCCGUUUGGAGUUGAUUGUACCAGACGCCCAAACAGAC